UCCGUCAAAAAAUUUACAAUGGAUUGUGGCGAUAUUAUCGUUUAUCUUCAUAAUUUUGUAAAUAGAAGUCUAAUUACAUAUUAAAAGUAACAGCAGCAGUUAUAAACAAUAAUAUUUUUGCACAAUUAUUGUAAAUAAGUUAUGUUAGAAACUUAAAAACUUUUAAUUAACUACUUGUCAUUCAAUCAUAUGGUGGUAAUUAACGAUGUCAGUGUUUGUUUACUAAUGACAGUUUUGAAGAAUCGAAGUGUAUUCUUUCAGUUUUCGUGAUGAAUAUUUCGGAUUCAAUGGGGGAGUCGUCGUCUAAACGACAAGAAAAUGGCGACGCUCCGUCAGGAUCCGAACGCCCACUCAAGAAGGCCCGUUUUGCAUGGCAAGUCAAAGGAAAAUACCACUUAAAAAACGAGGUGAACGACGCUGGAAAGUCUUCACCGGUGGUUAAUAAUGAACUGGACAAACCUGGAACUUCAUUUCAGAAUGAAACUAAUACUAGGGAUUUAGUAGGAAGCACUGAACAGAAUCUCGAAAUUUUAGGUGAUUACCUAUUGAAACAAGAUUUUAACACAUUAGAUUCUGUGAUUACCGAUGAGAAAUCACUAUUGAAGCCAAACGCAAAUAUAUCUGCAGAAAAUUAUAGUAGCACAAUUCAAUAUGUUCCAAGAUAUGUAGGCUCUUAUGAAAAUAAAGCUCCCAGAUCAAGUUUGGACAGUAAUGAUAAUAUAGCAGUGUCCAUGUCUAUGAUCAUGUCACAUAAUUAUUGUGAAGAUCAAUGUAUCGCCAGGUGGCAGGCUAGACAGAUGGCAAAAGGUUUUGUGGAUAAUACUAUAAACAGAGUUCUAGAUUCAUGGGCCAAUCCUCCACCUAUUCCAGAAAUUAAUGAGUCAAGGUUUUUAGCCUUAGAUAUUGCAGAAUUCAUUAACAAUUUGCCAGGGGACAACUCUGUUGAGAAUGAAGGGAUACUUAUGGCAAUAUCUGCACAUGGUUUACAAAACACAUCAAAUUCUACAGGAGAUAAUGCAACUCAAACGGAUGGGCACAGUAUUACUGAAGUUGAAGAAAAAAAUUGCCCAUCACCUCCAAGCAGCCCUUUACUCUUUAAUGAUAACAUAGAUACAACAAACAGCAAUAAACAAAGUGACAUGGAAACCAGUUCAUCAUCAGGAAUGAGUUGGCCAUAUUCUACAGAGGCAGAAACUCUCCAGAAUAGAUCCAUAUCUAAUGAUUUGUCACAAUUUUCAUUUUUCCCUGAAUCAUCUGUCCCUUGUCAAUCAUUUACUGACAAUGAAAAUCUCCAAGGUAGUGGUAGUGAAUUUGAUAUGAAUGAUAAUAUAUCUUCAAGCAAUCACUUUGACUUUAUGGAUACAGCAGUAACAUUCGCUAUAUUAAAUAAGGGGUUAACAACUUUUGGAACAGAUUAUGGUUAACACUAAAAUGGUAAUUGAUUUAUCAAAUGUUGACUACCAAUACAUAUAAUCUAUUUUUUAUUUUAUUAAGUGAAAUUACAU